AAAGCAGAGGUUGGGAGUGACAAAGAGAACAUGAUGAUGAUGAAGGAACAGAGGAAAACAGAGCUGUGGAUGGUUGAGAAAAUAUUACGUUAUUCACUGGGAUUUGCAUUCUUGUUUAUGUUAUGCUUCUCUUCAAAUCCAACUCAUUUGCAUUUUGCGUUACUCUACUGUUACGUCCUCUGGUCAUCAUGCUUCGCCAUUCGAUAUUUACAGGGUCAUCUUCUACCAACUUAUUAUUCUAGAGUCCUACCGUUUGAAAUAUUGGCCACAACAAUUGUGCUAUGCUUCAAUCGGUAUGGAAUUAGAUCCUUCAAGGUCAUCCCAUCACUAGUCUUUGUUGUACCCAAUUUGGUGUACAUUAUCAAGACCUGCGUAAUACCCUACCUGGAGCACCUGAAGCAAGAAUUAAAUAAGGAGAUAACUAAUUUUAUUUCUGGAGCUCCCACCAACCUAAACUCUAAUAAAGUAAGUAUCAUAUACCCAAAAAAAAAGAACAGUGCAAAUAAUUAAAUUCCUAUGUCGUGUAUUAUGUUUUAUGUAAUAUAGUUUUCAUUUUUAUUUAUCACUGAGAAAAUUUUUGCAGGAAUCAUUGGUGAAACAGGGUUUGAAAGUAGAUGCAGAGCAGCAAGUUGAAGAUGUUGGGGUUAUUGAAAAGAGUGAUGUCUAUGGCAGGGAUGGCACUGAGAUAUCUGAUGAUGAGGAUGUUGUGAAGGCAACGCCAACAGCAACAGCAGCAGCUAAAAGUGAUGAUCAUUUUUUUCAUGUACAAGUCGAUGACAAUCAUCAAAUAAUGGUUGCUUCUCAAGAAGAAGAAGAAGAUAGCGUCAAAUCUUUUUCUCUUGAAGAAGAAGAAGAAGAAAAAGAUAGCCUCAGAUCCUUUUCGAAAGAUAGCCUCAGAUCCUUUUCUAAAGAUAGCAUCAGAUCCUUUUCUCUUGAUUUUAACAUGGACAAUGAAGGAUAUAGUGAUGAUGAUCUGCUCAGCUGGCCGGAGGAAUUAGUUUCGGCUCUUAUAGCAGAAACUGGUGCUGCUGCUGCAAAUCCAACACCAAUUUCCAAUGAACAACACCAAACAGCUAAUUUGCUUAAUCAUCAACAACAAGUUGAUGAAGAUGAUGAUGAUAAUGACUACAAAAGAUCUGAACAAACAAUUGAAGAUCUCAAAAAGGAAAAACAGGAAUGGGAAGAAGAGAAAAAACACCUGGUGUCAGAGCUCAACGAUGCCAAAUCUUCCCUCCAACACCACAAGGACAUGUUCAACGAAGAACGAUGCAAGUGGGAAGAGGAAAAAGCCCAACUGAUCCUUAAUAUUUCUUCCCAAGAAUGGUUAGAUGUUGAAAACCAGAAAUGGAAGGAAGAGAGAAACCAGCUCAAUGCAAAGCUCAACUAUACCACAUCCCUACUUCAAAUACAGAAAGAAGCAUUCGACAAAGAUCGAUGCAAAUGGGAAGAGGAAAAAGCACAAGCACAACAACUAGGUGAAGAUAGAAAGGAGCUCAUUUCGAUGCUCAACGAUACCAUGUCUUCUCUUAAAAUGCAGAGAGAAGCAUUCGAGAUAUAUCGAUCCAAGGAAAAAGCAAAACUAAUGGUUCUUAAUUCUAAUUCCAAAAAGAAAGAAGAAGAGAAGCACAAAGAGGAUAUUUACUUCUUCGACAAGGAACAUCGAGCUAAGUGGGAAUUAGAAGACAAAGCUUCUUCUUCUUCUUCUUCUUUUUCAUCCGACGAGGAAGAAGAAGAAGAAAAGCGGAAGUGGGAGGAAGAGAAAAAGGAUCUGAUUUUGGAGCUCAACAAUGCGAAAACUCUGCUGGAAAACCACAAAGACACCGUGGAUUCGUUCAACGAAGAUCGAUGCAAAUGGGAAGAAGAGAAAGCUAAGCUGAAAGAGGAAAUGCUGGAAUUGACCAGCCAACACGAACAAAACGCUGCGAAUUUGAUCAAGGGAUACCAAGUAGAAAGCGAGAAGUGGAAGCAAGAGAAAGAAGAGCUCCUUGAUAAGCUGCAAGGUGCGAAAGAGAGCUCCAAGUAUUACAAACGGGCAAUGAUUGAAGCAGAAAACCUGCGCAUCACGUUAACUGACCAGUACAACGACGUCGUUUUCAGACUUUCGCAUGCCAAUGCGCAUGUUGCGCACUACUACAGGCUUUUGCAUCUGUAUUAUGAUCGCUACUACCAUUAUCAGCAGGAGCAGAACCAAACCGCUUUCACCGCUCAAACUCAACCACCACCACCACAACAACAACAACAACAACAACAACAACAGCAACCUUGUGCCUAUUAUAAUAAUAACACACCCGCUUGCUAUGAAGCUUAA